UGCUGAUUACCACUGAAGAGACCAUAGUUCAGUUCUCGCGGGCAAAGCCCAUUCGGCAGACGUUUUUACUUGUUUGUCCAUGGGACCGGUAUCUCCUCGGGGUACCUGACUUUGCAGAGCAGCUUGACUUCACAGACGAUACUGAGAGUAUAGGAGAUUGGACCGAGCCCGGAUCCCCGAUAGAUGACUCGCUGAUGGACAACUAUGACAAGUUACUGGGGGGUUCGCCUGUCGAAGAGGAGCCUCACGCACGAGCGUUGCAGUUGAUGGUUCGCCUCGGACAGCCUUUUGACGCAUUUUUGCUGGCGCAGCAGCGUGUCGGAGAGUACAAGAGGAUCGCGUCGAACCAUCCCAUCGUUGCACAAGUCAAAGACAUUGCUUCCGUUGAUAACAUGGACGUGGGUACAGUAGAAAUACUCUAACUGUCUUUUAGGGUCAAACAUCUCUGACCGAUAUUCGUUUGUGCUGUGAUGAUCAAACCUGCGUUAGAUACCCCAAACCGUUCAAACCGACAUUGAAGACCUGCCCAUUAGACAGACUACCCGAACCCUCCUCCACACUUCGUGGGAGUUGGAGAUAUAAACAUGACCUUGCUCCGCAAGGUGACUUCAGCCGUGACGGGUGACAUCUAACAUAUGAGCAGACG